GAGAGUAAGGUGAUCAAUCUCUAUCCGUCUGCAUUGCCAAUCACCUAAACAGUGCACGUAUACGCGAGUGUCGAAUUUGAGUAAAUUGUUUGAAAACGGAACGUUUCGGGAGGGUGAUUGCGGAGAGCGCAACGGCGGAGCGCACGCUCGCGUGUCGUAACAUAAAAAUCUGUAUGUCCCACCACUAUUUUUGUACUUCUGAUCUUCUUUGUGCGUUUCGUGUCCCGCAGUCGCUUUCGCUGUAGCUACAGACUUCUAUUCGUGGAUAUUUUGUACACGGUCACACCUCUGCAAAACGAGUAGAAGGGAAAGGAAAACAGAAAAUAAUUCAUAAAUUAAGGUAAAUUUCUUAUUUUCCUGGAAACUGCAACACGGAGGAAAACCCCGACUUCUGGCCAGAUCUGGGGGGGUGACAAGCGACAGCUUCUAGCAUGAUGUCAUAUCUCAAACAGCCCCCGUACGGCAUGAGCAGCCUGGGGCUAAGCGGCACCGCCAUGGAUUUGCUUCAUCCUUCCGUCGGAUAUCCAGCGAAUCCGAGAAAACAGCGUCGUGAAAGGACUACUUUCACGCGCACACAGUUGGACAUACUGGAAUCACUCUUCGCCAAAACGCGCUACCCGGACAUAUUCAUGCGCGAGGAAGUGGCGUUGAAAAUUAAUUUACCCGAAUCGAGAGUUCAGGUGUGGUUUAAGAACCGACGGGCCAAGUGUCGGCAACAGCAGCAAAGCGGCAGCAAUGCCAAGGUACGACCGCCCAAGAAGAAAGCGUCGCCCGCGAGGGAGAGUACAGGGUCGGAGAGCAGUGGCCAGUUCACCCCUCCGGCCGUGUCCAGCGCCGGGUCCUCGUCCUCCUCCAGCUCCAACUCCUCCAGCAACAACGCAGGCAUCAGCAGCACUUCUACCUCCAUCAGCACACCGGUCUCCUCCAUCUGGAGCCCCGCCUCCAUCUCCCCCGGCUCCGCCCCGCAGUCCGUUGCCGUGCCGGACCCCGCCCCUCCCACCAGCGCCUCGUGCAUGCAGCGCGCGGUCUCCGGCGCCACGGGGUCCACCUACCCGAUGUCCUACAACCAGGCCGCGGGCUACAGUCAGGGCUACGCGUCCGCAUCCGGCUCCUACUUUGGCGGGGUGGACUGCAGCUCCUAUUUGGCGCCCAUGCACUCUCACCAUCACUCACACCAGCUGAGCCCCAUGGCCCCCUCUUCCAUGUCCGGACACCCGCACCACCACCACAUCAGCCAGUCUGCGGGGCACCACCACCACCACCACCAUCACCAGGCGUACAGUGGCACGAGCCUGGCCUUCAACUCGUCAGACUGCCUGGAUUACAAAGAUCAAACCGCCUCGUCUUGGAAACUCAAUUUCAAUACCACAGACUGCUUGGACUACAAAGACCAGGCUUCCUGGAGGUUCCAAGUGUUGUGAUUCCUUCCCCCUUUCCAAUUUUUUCCCCCCAAUGACAGAUCCAGGACGUUUAAUAUGAACGAAUUAAAGAACUGAUUUUUAAAAAAAUGAGAGAUCCCUUCUAACAAACGGAAAUCAAAAAUGACAGCUAAAUUUUCGUUUUUGUUUGGCAUCGGUCUGUGAAGAAUUUUAAUCUAUUCUCCCUGGAUGAUUUUAAUGUGCUGGACAAAUUUUAGCAAUUGUUUUUACCAAAUUGAAGAGGGAACCAGCCCUUCCUGCCGCCCGGGUCCUCAAACAAGGAAUACUUUCCCCUCACCUGAACGUUGAAAAUAAUAUCUUUUCCCAACUUAUAUCUUCAUCCGUAUCAUUAUGUACAGAUUUUUUUUCCCUGCAAUUUUUUUUAGGAUGAGGAUGAAUAGACGGCUGCAUUAUGCAGCUGAUAUGUAAAUAUGUAUUUGGGUCGGUUGAGCGACCGCAUAUAGUUUGUGUAACUGGAUUUGAAAUGCUUUGAGAGUAAACAAACAAAAAAAAUAAAAAUUUAAAGCAAAAAUAACUAAUAAAUAUGAUAAUUUCCCACGAUGUUAUGAAGACAAUUGGCUGUAAAUGCCCCCCUUCAUAUCGCUGCAUUUAUAGUUUCCGAAAACUGGGGCCCAGUAAUUAAGUGUAUUGCCCGAAUUUUGACUCAUUAAGAAUAUAAAAUAAAAAGUGAUAUGCUGUA